ACUCGUGUUUGUACCAAAGUUUGUACACUGGGAAAAAAGAAAAUCUCCACAUUUAGCAACAUUUUGGCUGAAACGGGAAACCGUGUUUGUGAAUUGUGGGUUUAUUGAAGGAAUGCCGGGCUCUUAUAGAAAGCACCGAUAAUAUUCUAACCGUGCUGCUGACUCGGACUCAACACAAAUUUGGGUUCGAGUUGAAGACAGAGCUGAAGGGAAGCUGCAGAGUUUCUGAUUUUAUAGCUUCAUAACAGCGACUGACUCGGACUAAGUCAAAAUGACGCUAGCCUCCGGCGACCCCGACUCCACUGAGCCCACCUUUCGAACAGGCCGUCGUCCGUCGGCCAUCUGCACAAUUCCAACCAUGAAGGUGACACCGACGCCGACAGCCGCCUACCUGUCGGGCGUCGUGCACAGUCGCCGCAUGGGGCGCACGUUCAGCAUCGGAGACAUGGACCCGGACACGUUCAGCCGCAUCAAAAACUACGACGAGACCGUCGGCAGGCUGGACCACUACUACGGCGUCGUGAAGCGGCAGCUGAUUGCCAACCAGAGUUUCAUGACCGGCCAGUUUCCGGAGAGUUCGGCGGAACGGGUGGUAUCGGACGUCCGGACCAGCCUCUACUGCGCCUUCUCCAUCUGGUGUCUCCACCAGGCCUACAAACGCAUUGACGACGACCGCGGCAAGACGUUCGAGCUCGGCCAGUCUGUCGUCAAGUGUAUGCGCGGCAUCCUGCGAUCGUGGAUGAAACAGGCGGACAAGGUGGAGCGGUUCAAAGCUAACCAGACGACGCACAAUGCGCUGCACUCCAAGUUCCACCUGGUCACCGGCGACGAGGUGCUCACAUGUGAGCAGUACAAUCAUCUGCAGAUCGACGUGGUAUCGCUGUACCUGCUGUUCCUGGUACAGAUGACUGCCUCCGGGCUGCAGAUCGUCUUCACCAUCGACGAGGUGAACCUGGUACAGAACCUGGUGUACUACGUGGAGCGCGCCUACCGCACGCCCGACUUUGGCAUGUGGCAGCGGGGCAGCAAGUACAACAACGGAUCGUCCGAGCUGCACGCCAGUUCGAUCGGUCUGGCCAAGUCUGCGCUGGAGGCGGUGAACGGCUGUAACCUGUUCGGAGACCACGGCAGCUCCCAGUCGGUCGUCUAUGUCGAUAUUGACGCCCACAACCGCAACCGGACCAUCUUCGAGACGCUGCUGCCGCGCGAGUCCAGCUCUACGUCGAGCGACAUGGCUCUGAUGAUGGCCAUCUCGUUCCCGGCGUUCGGAACACACGACCAGCUGCUCUACUCCAAAACAAAGUCGAAAAUUGUGCAGAAACUGCGCGGAAGGCACGGCUUCAAGCGGUUCGCCCGCGACGGGUUCGGAACGGUGCUGGAAGACAGCUCGGAACGAUUCUACAAGGACAGCACCGUUCAGAAGUUUGAGCGUAUCGAGAGCGAGUGGCCUCUGUUCUACAUGUACAUGAUCAUCGACGGUGUGUUCCGAAGCGACAAGAAGCAGGUGGAUGAGUACAAACAGCUGCUGAGGCCGCUCAUACACUACGACAGACGCACAGGAGAAGAUUCGUUCGGCGCGGCUUCCAACCCGACGCUGCCGCAGUACUAUUUCGUGCCGUCGGAGCACCUGAGCGGCGAGCGGGCCGAGCCGGGCAGCCAGCCGCGGUUCGCCAGCGCCGUCGGCGGCCCCGGCGACCUGUUCCUCUGGGGCCAGGCCAUGCUGGUGGUGACGGAGCUGCUGCUCGAGGAACUGGUGCACAUCAAUGAGAUCGAUCUGAUCAGGAGGUACCUGCCGUCGUACAACCGGCCGCGCCGCACCACGCGCUACUCGGCGUUCCAGGGCACGGCCAGUGACCUGGUGGUUCAGGUGGUGCUUGUCGCCGAGUCCCGCCGUCUUCAGGCCAUGCUGGCCACCUACGGCAUCCAGUCUCAGACGCCCAAGGAGGUCGAGCCCGUCCAGAUCUGGUCCCAGAAACAGCUCGUGCAGGUGUACCGUAACCUGGGCGUCAACUGGAAGCUGGGCCUGGAGGGCCGUCCGCCCCGGCCCAUUGGAGCUCUCGGCACCAGCAAGGUGUACCGGAUCUCUGGCCAGACGGUGCUCUGCUACCCGCUGAUCUUCGACAGCACCGACUUCUACCUGAACCACGAUAUGGCGCUGCUCAUUGACGACAUCAAGUCGGAGAUCCAGUUCGUCGGCCGCUAUUGGCGCCUUUCCGGUCGGCCCACCUGCUGUCUCAUCAUGAAGGAGACGCACAUGAGGGACACCAACUUCCGUAAGAUGGUGGACCUGCUGGCCAUGCUGAAGACGGGCUCCUGCGAGGGCGUCAAGGUGCGCGUGGGACGACUGCAGAACCUCAUGUCCUCAUCGUGCACCGAGCACCUGGACUUUAUGGACGCCGCCGAGGACUGGGGCGUGGAGCCGGAGCCGUUCCGGGAAUUGGCCAACAAAACGGUGGGCUACCAGAGCCUCACCGACAUCCCCACAGCGACCAUCUACAAUGAGACGGAGCCGCUCACCAUUCAGGAGCUGCAGCACAAGUCUGACCACGAGCUGCAGCACAUCUGGCGGGGUAUCAGCACGCUGCGCGGCAGGAGCUACAUCCUCAAACUGCUGCUCGACCGGCAUGGGCCCGACUAUCAGCUCGAGGGUGUUACUGUGCACCAGCGACUCGUUCAGCUCAACAGUGAGGCAGGCACGCUGCGCUGCUGGUCAGUGCUGCGCUUCUGCAGCAGCCUGCUGGGCCGCGUGGUGGACAGCAUCAGCCCCUACCUGACGGCCAUACUCGUCUCCGGAAAACAGUUCGCUAUCGGCGUGAUCGGCCAGCCGGAGGUGGUGAUUGACAAGCCGCUGACGCCGGCCGAGAUCGAGUCGCUGUUCUUCGGCUCUGUGCGGCCGCUGGACGUGAUACAGGCGGUGCUGCAGCAGGAGCUGGUCCUCUGCAGUGGACGGCUCAUCCUCACCCGGCCAGACCUCUUCGCCGGCAUACUGACCAUCAGGAUCGGCUGGUUCCUGCAGGCCAUGGAGCUGUACAGCAGGAUCGAGGGGCGCGAGCAGCCUAUCGCCGAGAUGGCGCCCAGCGAGGUCCGCGCGCUCCUCUACAACGUGCUCUCACUGGACAGCAACUCCUGCAACAUCAGCAUCACGCCGCGCCAGCAGCGUCAGAUUGACGGCUGCCUGGGCCGCAGUCCGCGCAACCUGCACAGCUCUGUGUGGUUCAUCCUGGGCCGCACGGCCGGCGGCCUGACGAUCGGCCAGCGCCACCUGCCCCAGUCGCCCACCAUCACCGACAUGACUGUCGGGGAGCUGCGGUUCGCUAUCCUGGUGAACGACAUGCUGGCCCAGUGUCCGCAGCCGGAGCUCCGACAGAUCGUGGUGCAGCUGAUUGCGCUGAUAGCCACCAUCCUGGAGCGUAAUCCGGAGCUGAGUUUCCGCGGCUGCAUCGAGCUCUCCCAGAUGGUCGACGAGGCGCACCGGCUCUACCUCAAGGACGGCGGCGAGGGCGGCACGACCAGUGAGCUGGACGGGUUCUUCCAGCUGCCUCCGUCCGCCACCGCCGGCUACCUGGCCCGCACCGUGGUCCACCACCUGCUGACGCGGCCCAUGACGGCCCUGGACGACAUCGACGCCACGGCCGCUCUGGAGAGCGCCGCUGCCUCGCCGCAGCUAACCGUCGAGACCAUCCUGAGCUACCCCCCUCCGAGCCUGCCUAGUUCCGAUUCUCCGGAGCCGCCGGAGCUGCCGGCCACCCAGUCCUCGUCCUCCUGGCCGGGAGGAAUCCUCACGGAGUUCCUCGGCACUGUCCUCUCGGAGGACGGCACCACCUGAGAGGUAAUGGGACGGCCAGAGAGUCCUCCCUUAUGGAGUCCUCGUGGAGUCCUCUCUACUCCCCUGUCCUCUUUCUUUAGCUGUGCGUGUCAGUGGAAGGAUAGUAGAUACAAUACUGCUUGCCAUUAUCCCAGUUUUUUGUAUUACUGCGCCUGUGCUGACGAAUCAUGGAACUGAUUGUGGUGGGCGGAAGGAAACUGCUAUAACUGUCACUGAUGCAUUGCUCUGUCGUGUUACUUAUAGCACAUGACCCUGUGUAGUGUGUAUAUUGGAACUACGAUGAGCUGAAAACUAUCAGAAAAUGUACGGAUGCAUCCCAGCGCAGGAUUUGUGCACGGAGCUGCAUUGUCGCUUCCGUACCGGACUGUUCUGCAAUACAUAUGUGUUACAAAUCGGGUA